AUGGCGAAUAUUCAGCUCGGGGAAGCCCACGCUCCUUACGGACUCGACUCGGUACCUACCCCGAACGGCCGAACAUUACGAUCGAGCGAAAUAAAGCGGGAGUCUAGGACUUCCACCAUGUCUCCCGGCGAGACUGAGAACGGGGCCCUCAAAGGGUCCGCCACCCCAGACGAAACCCAGACCCCAAAGUCUUCUCGCAAGACCUCACAAAAACCCAUCAAGCGCGAGGUCAAACUGCUCGACGAUGUGCCGGAUGCGACGGAGGAGGCUUGCAGUUCGUUCAAGGUCAUCCCCGACUGUCUCUACGGCUCCAAAAACAUGGGCUCGACGGAUAAUGAUGCGCUUGACUGCGACUGCAAAGAGGAGUGGCCGGAAACAAUACUCCAGCGUCUCCGUAAUCAAGACCGAGAAAAAGGUUACGGCCUUCGCGCGAACAAUGAUCUUGAGGCUAACGACUUUGUCUUCGAAUACAUUGGCGAGGUCAUCAACGAGCCCACAUUCCGACGCCGGAUGCUCCAGUACGACGAGCAAGGCAUCAAGCAUUUUUACUUCAUGUCGCUGACAAAGAGCGAGUUCGUUGAUGCCACCAAAAAGGAAACCUAG